AAUUCUGAGGGAUGAGAGGGAGGGUGUGAAAGAGAGAGAGAGAGGGAGAGAGAUAAAUUGCAAGUGUCCACGUUGGAGCAGUCUUAUUCAACAGGUCUAGCCAUGGAGUUCAAAGGACUGUGUGCGAUGCUGGGAGUACUCCUACUGGUGAGCUGCUCAUUCCAGCAGACUCCACCAAAAAAGAAGCAAGCGAAGAAAGAUACAACAAAGGAUCCUGCCAUUGAGGACCUACAGAAACAGAUCAACGACAUUAACCAGGAGCUCAACCUACUGAAGGAGCAACAGGCCCUGCAGACAGUCUGUUUGAAAGGCGUAAAGAUCCAUAGAAAGUGUUUCUUGGCCGACCCUGUGAGGAAGCGCUAUCACACUGCUAGUGAAGACUGUCACGCCCUGGGUGGUGUUCUUGGUACACCAACAUCCAGCGAUGAGAACAACCAGCUCACAGACUACAUCCGCCAGAGCAUCGGCCUGGAUGAGCAGGUCUGGCUGGGCAUCAAUGACAUGGUUAAAGAGGGCACCUGGACGGACCAGACCGGCCUCAGCAUCACAUACAAAAACUGGGACAUGUCCAAUUCUCAGUCCCCUCAGCCAGAUGGCGGCCAGUCCCAGAACUGUGCCGUCCUGUCUGAGGCCUCCUAUGGGAAGUGGUCUGAUGAGAACUGUCGCGAGGAGAAGCCCUCUGUCUGCCAGUUCAACAUUGUUUGAUCACAUUUAUCUCAGACUCUGCGCAUGGCUGUAGUCGCUUUGUGUGUGUACUCUUGCUGUAGUGCCACUUUGCCUACUAUUCUAAAAGGAGUUGUUACUCCAGUGGUUCUCAGCUGGCUUUGCAUCGGGACCCUCUUCAGAUCUAGAAGUUCACAUUCAGUUGCAGGAAACAGCGAUAAAUGAGCUUGUUAUAGUAAACCAAAGUGAGCUGGUGAUAUGUAGUCUCCUAUAAUAUCUGGCCUGAUGUAACCUGAAAAUGACCAUCAAUAAACUAUG